CAAGUACCUGCGCAAUCGUUGAAGUACGCCAAAAUGGCGGCUUCAGGGAGCGUCUCACCUCGUGUUUUAACGUAUUCCAUUCACAAGUGUUCCAGCCAUUCUUCCAAUUAUCUACCAACGUAAGACCUCGUGUAUGCUUUGUUCUUUAAUUUGCUGGCAUCUUUCUUUGGUGUCAGGAGGUAAUGUCGGAGGUAUUUUGCAUUUUGUACAGGAAUAUUCUCGUGGAUAAACCUAAUGACCAGUCAUCACGAUGGUCCUCAGACAGUAACUCUCCACCUCAGGUGCAAUUUUAUUACAUUUAAAGUACUUGUUCCGUCCUCUAAAUACACCCUUCAUUGCUAACAAAACUUCAAGACUUUUAAGUGUUAGAUAUGCAGGGAAACAAAGAGUGCACCCAACAAGCUAAGCAUAACAAUUUUAAAGCACCAUCCGCCUGGACUAAAAACAAUUAUAAAGAUGUCAUAACAUUCGUUUAGGCUGCAUGGGUGUACAUGUUUAUGGAUUGGCCUAUGGUGAAGGAGAAAGUUGCCGAUUAUAGGAAUAGUUCAUGGUCCUUGUUACUGUAAUGGAAGCCAAAUAUUUUCUCACCUGGUCCCCCUAGUAUUCUUUGAGGGUUAGAUUUCCACUAGUCUCCCUCACAGCCGUUUUUGUCAUGUACACUAUGCUCCUCCCCAACAAAUGGCCGCUUACAUUUAAACCACAAUCCCUUCCCAAUUUGAGCCAAUCACAGCUAUGGUUCUAUUUUUCUGGAACGGUUUUGCGCCAGAUAGUCUUUUUACAUGCCUUCCAAUCAUAGCCUGCAUUCUAUCGUAUCAUGUUUGGUGCCAAGUUGUCUCCCAGAAAGCCAUGUUUAUAUUUGUCUCAUUACGUACAUUACUUUUUGUUUUGAAUAAAACAGACUCGAAAUUGCUGCAAGUUGACUACUUAUCCAGUGUAAGAAUUGAAACUGAUGUCCACUUAAAGCAGUAUUUGUGCUUUUGCCGUUCCAAUGAUUGUUUAGAAAAAUUAAUGCUUAUGCUCAUACGUGUGCUUUAUCUGACCUUACCUGGUCUGUAUCUACAUGUGACGUAUUGCAAAUGUGUUGUAUUGCAAUUAAAUAAGUGUGAAUAAAUGAACUUGAACUUGAACUUGUGACACCACAUGAUGGCCAAUGCUGAUAAUCUGAUAACAAUUAGCUGUUUCUUGCCAAAACAAAAUUUUCCUCUAAGUCGCCCAUUUUAGGGCCAAAUGUGUUUUUUAGUUUUUGCCUGCAGAAACCCUCAAUCUUUGAUUCAGUUUUUAUAAAAGCUAAACAGAAUCCAGCCCGUUAUGGCUGACACCUCAGAUGCAACCAGAAAUCACAGUGACUCAUUCUUUGUGUUCAGUUUACUGAUAAAUGAUUGGUAAUUGCCAGACGACGAUCGAAUAGUAUCCCAUGAUGCACCUCAUUUCAUGUUAUAUUAUCACUGCGUACGUGACAUAUCAUGAUCACUACUCUUCAGCACGCGCGUAAUGAACAUCGCAGUGCUCGAUGUGUAUGGUUUUCAAACAUGUUUCGGUUCAGCAGCCUCUGCUUUUGAGAAUACAACUGUAUUGAGUUAGCUGAUAUUCAUUGUGCUUUAAAGAAGAAUUUCAGCGUUACUUUGAAGGGUUACAUAUGUUUCACUGAUCUGUCGAGAACUACUUAAUGUGCGCUCGGUCGCAACUACAAACACAAAGUAUGAGACUCGGCAACUGAACUUAGGUUCACCAGGAGAACCGAAACCAUGACUUAUCUAAAAAGUGGCUCCAACAAAACAGCCGCUACGCUGUGAAGGUAAUUGCCAAAGGAGGAUUUAUUUCAUAUUGUGCUCAAAGGAGCUCAAUUUACAACUGCAGUUACAAAUAAAUUUUAACCUAUCGAUGCGACAAACUAUCCUCUGAAUCACCCGGUACUGACUCCCUCAAUCUUCAAGGAAAUUUCCUGGCCAGAAUACUGAUCUGCUCUUUUGAAUAAAUAAAGUUUGUGAUAUUUUUUUUUCAAUUUCUGAGCAGGCUUGUUUAUAGCGUUGUGCCGCUUGCAUGCUGCGUGGCACCUUUGUCUGGGUUCCUAUCACACUGAAACACACGGCAAUGUUCACCGAUCCUUGUUCUAAUUUAAAUAAUUAUAGUCAAAUUCCUUUUAAAAAUAACCACUAUGAAAAUACAAAGUGAUUGCUUCGGCAUAAAGUGCUCUCGAAAGCGCCCAACAGAUGUAGCCUUCAGCAGGCUUUACACAUACAACACAUAUAUUAUCACACAUGGCGUUGAAAUGUGAUAAAAGAUACGAAAUUUCAGCCAUCUUUGCUCGAUAAAAAAGUCUUCAAAAUGUGGGUACUUCUGGGUACUUCUUAGCCUGUGCAACAUUCAGGACCUCAAUUUGCCGGCGCGAGGUCCACAUUUGGAAGACUUCAACAUAUAAUCCAAAAAAUCGUGAAUAUUCAUGACCUUGUUGUGGGUCACUGAACACUUUGUGAUAAGAAUACUAAGUGAAACAAUGAAAAUAAAUGCUUCUACCUGGAAAUUUCGCUCUUAAGCCAUUGCAAAUCGGAGAAGUCAUGUCAAAUAACAAAAUAAUGCAAUUUUCUUACUUUUCCUGGAACACAAAUGAGAAAAAAGGCGACGAGAAAAAGACCUUAUUUCACGAUGGAAUCUGCCAUGACUGCGAUAUUGCGUAAUGCCUCUGGAUAAAUGCAUCAUGGGAUACUAUUCGCUCCUCCUCUGGGUAAUUGCUGUGGGUUAACAAAUAAAACAAUAGUAAUUAUUGGAAAGGAAUGUGGUUCAAAUGUGAGCUGCCGUUUGUUGUGGAGGAGCAUUACAUGACGGCACAAAACGGCUGCGUGGGAGACUAGAUUUCCACAUACUCCACAGCCCAAUAUACAUAUUAAUAAAUACGCAUAGAUGUUCGACUCUAUUCAUAUAAGCAAGCUGUUUUUGAGGUGCGGAAAUCUUACUGUCUUUAAGCAUGUUAUUCAAAUUUCAGUUUGUCAUUCACAAAUUAAUAAGGUUUUGUUAUUUUGUUCAGUUUCUGAUACUUAAGCUGGAUAAACCAGCAGUUGUGAUGACUGUAACAUUCGGCAAGUAUGAGAAGACCCAUGUCUGCAAUCUCAGAAAAUUCAAGAUUUAUGGUGGAUUAAAUGAUGAUCACAUGACUGAAUUGUUACAUAGGUACUGUAUACACUGAGUAUUACUUAAGUUAACUGUUUUUUCCAAGACUGCUUAAAAUCCACUUUAAAAUGUUUUGUUUUUGAAAUUCAAAAAUUUCCUUUGGAGUUUUGUAUACACAAUAAUUGUUGUACAAUGUGCAAUGGUUAAGUGUGGACCAGACAGUAGGAAACUACAACAUGCAUUCUUUAACAUUUUGAUUUCCUACAAACAAUCAGCGUAUAAUGAAAGACGUCUCCGAUAGCCCAAGACUAGUGUAUUUUGUUACCAGGCUAGUAAAUUCUGUUCUUAAGUUGCCUGAUGGGCAAGUGAAGUUUUUUUUAGGUGAAUUUUUUUGGGGGAAUUCAAAUUAAUUUCAGAAGAACUGUAAUCAAUCCUCCUCAUCAAAAUAGUUUUCAGGCUAGUUGAAAUGACUUCUGGGCUAGUACAUGCUAGCUACAGCUUUGCCUAAAUGAGUAGCUAUAAAACUGACUUUCUUUGCACACUGAAUUGUGGCCAACAUUUCACAAGGCUCAAGAAAUGUACCAAACUACAUGCAACCUCGCUGUACAACAGAUUUGUUUGAUAUGUUUCACAGCAUGCCAUGAAAAUGUCAAAUUGUACAGGAACACCGUUUUUGCCAGGAAUUGGCAGGUGCUCUCAAACUACGUUUACACUGGUUAUUGUUAGAGAGAAUCUGACACUUACAUGUACUCCUGUGUAUGAGAUGUGAAACAUCAUUGAAUAGGGGUUCCUUUUAAAGCGAAUCCUUGAGAGAAAUUUCUUGAAAUGCAUUCUAAUAAGAUUUGUAAUUUGCAGUGGGCUCAGAAAUGAUCAUAUAAAGGAGACAUUUAAUCUGAAGCAUGAAUUGGAUGGAAAAAUGUUUCCAUGUAAUUAUAUUAAAAUUGGUAAGUAUUGGUGAAAGAAAUGAACAUGUAUGUUCUGUAAAAGCAGUGCACGCCUGUAUAUGAGAAGCAUCUGUCCUCAGUUGUUCAAAACUUGGAUAACACUAUUGACUGGUUAAAAUGUCUGUCCAGUGGAUAAUGCAGUUGCCUUCUCAAUUACGUACCCACUGGAUAGUGUUUUUUCCAGUGGAUACCACAGGGGCACCCAACGGCAAUUUUUGGGAAAAUAUCUGUUUGGAAGACGAUUUGAGAUCGAGAAUUUUCGGAGCAUUUGUUGUAAAAUUUCUUGCUUACCUGCCUCUCCUAGGAUUUUCGAACAUCUACAAAACGGUAUAAUUACCCAUUUUUAACGGAUUUUGACCCUAAAAAAGGCCACCUAGAAUUUUCGGGAGCCUUUUCCUUGCUGAAAUUUUCGAGAAGGUAAGUUUUUAUCCCUAUAAUUUUCGGAUCACUAGACUUUCAGCUAGGAAAUCCGAACAGAUGAAAAGUUUUUAGGGGAUAAAAAUAUGCCUAUAUCUACCGUUUGAAUACUAAAAUACAUUCAACAAUGCUAUGUUAAGUGGUUUUGAACCAUAUCCUCGUUGGGUGCCCCUGAUACCAUUAUCCAACAUUUGAACAACUGAUGCCCAAGGUUAAUAUUAUUUAAAUACCUAGUUGUUUAUGGAGGAGGUGCAGUUAGUCCUAUUUUGCUUUCAAGCUCUCUUCUUAAAUUGCCACAACCUGUUUUGUCAAUCUGUUUGGAAUCCCUGCAUGUCACUGACAGAAAGAAAAUCAUUCUCAAAAUUUUGAUUGGCUUCAAGGAGUUGAACUCCAGUCUGCCAAGAAGUAAAGAUGAGGUACAUAACAGCCACUGGUGAAAGAAGCUAGACUUAAGACCUGUGUACUGUGUAUCUGUUACAGGUCAAAAGUACAUUCAGGUUAAAAUUUUUUAACUUAGGUUGAUUCUCAGUUUCAUUUGUCUCAUGUCCCCAACUAAUCAUGAAUUAGGGCUAGGAGACAAAGGAAAAAGAGAAUCAACCGAGGAUAAAAAAUUUUAACUUGAGUUUAAUAAUUAUUUUGGCUUGUAAUUAUAUUUAUAUCCAACACUCUCUUGGCCACAUUGCCCCCAUAUAAUGCAGUUGAUAAUUUAUAAGAAAAGUAGGAAUGCAAUACUAUUGUAAUUAUUAUAACAAGUGUGCAACUUUUAGUUCAUUUAGUUGUUCAAUGUUUGGCAUUGCCAGGCUCAUCUUUGGUACAAUACAGGCUAUGUUCAAGCAAUUUAUGGAAGAUCAUUCUUUCUUUCUUUUUUAUUCCAGUUCCUAUCAUGUCCCAUGGACCCAGUUUUAAUUUUAGUAUCUGGUUUGUUGAGCUGCAAGGAAUGAAUGAUCCAGAGAUUGUUGAACCAAGUCUUGCCUGGUUUAACACUGUAAGCACAUGUACAGUUGUAUGUUAUGCUUAAGUAUGACUGUUGUUAAUGAAUACAUUAAUUUAUAAAAUAACUAAGAUUUUUUCCUGUGUUUGCAUAGCCUGAUAUAAACACGAGAGGGGUUGGGAGAAUUCUUGACAGUAUGCAAACCCCUGACUUUGUCUCGGGUUUGCAUAACUGUCUCAAAUUCUCCCAACCCCUCUCGCGUUUAUAUCAGGCUAUACAAACACAGAAAACAUUUCCUAUUGCUAUGGCUCUGAGGGAAAUACAGGGUUCGUAUGCAUCUUGAAAGUCCUUGAAAGUCCUUGCUUGAAUUUUAAAAUAAAAAUCGUCUUGAAGGUCCUUGAAAAUUGUAGUCGGGGCUGGAAAGUCCUUGAAUUUCAGUGCUUACUUUAUCCAACCCAGCAAACACAAAGAAACCUUCAGGAUGAAAUUGCUCAUGUUGUUGAAGAACUAGAGAGACUCAAGACUCUUUUUUGCUCUGAAUGGAGUCUUUGACCAGUAGGAAAAUGUCCUGGAAACUCCUUGAAAAGUCCUUGAAUUUUUUGUUCAAAAAAGGAUCCAUGCAAACCUUGAAAAUAGUAAAUUUGCAAGUACUUUUCUUUACUUGUUAAUUUACAACAUAAUAAUAUUUACUUUGAUGCUUAUCUUGCUCUAGUAUCGAGAGAGAGAGGCAAUACGUCUUUGCCUGAAACACUUUCGACAGCACAACUACACUGAAGCAUUUGAGUCUCUACAAAAGAGGACAAAAAUUGCCCUUGAACAUCCCAUGCUGACAGAACUUCAUCAAAAACUGGUUAGCACCUUUAAAAAGUAAAUGAAACUUAAUAUGUGUGUAAACUACACUUAGUUUCUUUGGAUGUAGCAGACCUUUCUGGUGAUAUUAUUUUACUAGCCAGGUCCUUGGAAUUCUCAGCCUGUGAACAGUAGAUACAGUGAACAGUAGAUACAGUGAACAGUAGCUAAGUCCUUGGAAUUCUCAGCCUGUUGACAGUAGAUCCAUCUUCAGACUGUUUCAGCCACAAUUUUGUUGUACACCAUGAUAGUUGUUACAUGUGGAGUUGGGGAACAGAAAAGGGAUCUUAGUAGAACAGGAGGCGAAAGGGGUAUGGGAUACAGGUGUGGAGGAGAUACAGGAAGUGGGUGAGAAGCAGGAGAGAAAUAUUAAAUGCCAACUUUUUUUAAUGAUUUAUUUUUCAGCGUGUUAUAACACUUAACUGUAUGAAAAAUGAGUACCAAACAGUGAGCAGCUCUCCCCAUGGCUCAAGACAAAAAAUAAUUUUAGAAAUAUCACUUGAAAGUGAACAAAAAUUCCCACUCUGGCUGUGAAGAAAAAAGGUUUACUAUACUGUAAAUUUUCAACCCUUUGAUAAAUCCAUAGGCAUGCAUGUGUUAUUUAGAACUGGGGAACAUAUUGAACUCUAACUUCAUUUGUCUUCUCUCGAAACCCUUACUGUAGCUUCUGAGAUACACUGAUAUGACACCGCAUUUGUCAAUAUUUGCACUACAACUUUCAUAGACCAGAUAAUUAUGUAAUAUUUAAUACAUGAAGCUACACUUUUUUGUUUUGUGGCAUCAAACAUUUGGGAAACUUUUCCCUCGGCAUUUAAAAAGCUUCAUUUAUCGUUUAACCACUUCUACAAGCAGUACCAACUUACCUCGUCUCAGUUAAUACCCAAUCUAUUUGUGAAGUUUAAUUUGACUGUAUUUUAUAGUGAAUUCUGCCCAUGCUUUAUUAAUUUCUAUUUUCUAUUACAAAUGUAUUGUCUUUGUAUGAAAAGUAAAUGUAAGUUUUAAGAUAUAUAAAAGGCUUUUUCAGGCUUCAUUUUUUUUCUAUUUCUUGUUCUAAUUUUACUGUAUACAUGUGCUUGUCUAUGCCAGUGAAUUGCAAAUGGUAGUGACCACCUUGAUAGCUGUUACUAGCUACUCUCUCAACUGGUCAUGCACACAUUUUACUUCUUACCAUUAAUUUAAUUUAUUGUAAUGUCACUUUAUAACUCAGACUGUUAUAAUAUUUGUUAAUAGUGCCAAACAGAAACAAAUCUGAAUCUGAAUCUGGGAGCAAUGCAAAAAGGGUUACAUUCAAAUGAAAAACUAAGUACAGGAUGUAUGAGAGCAGGGUACAGAAUGCAGAAGGUUCUGAUCUGUGUCUCCUCCUCGUUAUACAUGUAGUUACAAUGGUAAAUCAGGGCUGUAAAAAAUAAAGUUGACUCAAAUAAUUGAUCAUGAUUUGUACUUCUUCCAAUUCUGCAGGUUAUAAAUAAUGACUUUGAUGGAUGUGAAAAAAUUAUAGAGGAAGCUUCAAAAGGUAGGCUUGCAUUACAGGUAUCAUAUCUCUGUAUUUUAAGAAAAUAAUUAUUUUAUGCACCUGAAUUCCAGGACGUGCAGGUAGAAAUUGAUCACUCCAAUGUGAUAAUCAUAUAAUUAUGAACAAUGUUCGAUUGAUUAUUGUAAAAAAAAAAAGAGGCAAUUGUUGACAAAUUUAACUAUAAUAUUCCAACUUGCAUCAGUUGUGUCACAGUGUGUUGUUGUCCUGUAAUGGACUCAUAACAUAUAGCUCUUUUGAUAUCCAUUUUUUAUACAGUUGUUUGUUUAUAAGGUUUUGGUCAUUGUUUGUCUCCCUUUUGUCAUCACACUUUACACAUUAACCAUGAUGAACAAUAUCUUUCAUGACAUUUUGUAUGUUUUUGUCAUGUUUCCUUCACAAAAUGAUUGUCAAUUAUAAAAGUGGUGCUAGUCAAAGAACUCAAAAAUUUAUAUAAAUGUACUCUGUGGCAGGCAAAAAAAACAUUAAAUAUAAAGUGACUUCUGAUAAAGAGAUACAUGUAGUUCUGAUUAUAAUUUAUGGAUUUGUCAGGUUAUUAUCUGAGUAUUUCUGCUGAUGGGUUAUAAAAUCUGAGCCAAUUUUCUUCACUUUUUCAUUAUUAAUUUUUUUAUUAUUCCACAGAUGCUAUUUUUAACCAUUAUAUUAGCCAACAGGAGUACAAACCCAAGUGGACUGCUAUCAUCCCUCUUGCUCAAAGUAAGCCUUCAUGUGUCUUUUAUUAGCUCUGACUAUACCAAUCAGAGAGAAUUGUAAUAAUAAUUUAUUUAUAACACAACUACAGCUGUAGGAUGAAGAUGGUCAAGUAAGAAAUGUCAUCGACUUUUUGACACAUUAAUUAUUGAUAUUGUUGUAUUGGUUUAUUAAUGAUACAAGUUUUUGUAAAAAUGUACCUGUAUGCAAGUAUUCUUAAACAAGUUUAACUUCCAUUGUGACCAGUUGAUUUUAUUAUUAAAUUCCUGAAAUGUCACGAAUCAUAAUAAUAAUAAUUAUUAUUAUUAUUAUUAUUGUUAUUGUUAUUAUGAUUAUUAUUAAUGAGAUCACUGGCAGUUGUCAACUUGUUUUCCUUGGAAAAAUGAGUGCCACAUACCACUUAUUAACUGAGAGUGAGCCGAGGUCCCUGUAAUGACUGAAAGGAUGAGGUUAUUAAGUUAUUUAUUAUAUGACCUUGUUGGUGCUAUCCAGGGUGCGCAAAUAUGCCAAAUUUGGUGUAUUUUACGCCAGAAUCGUUCAGAUGAUUCCGCUGAGGUUAUGGAGGGAGUCACUUCAACUCCGAAAAUUUUCGGUACAACAAACAGGGAGCCACUUCGACUCCAGAAAUUUUCGGUAACAAACACAGUUUUGUCCUUACCUUUUUCGCAACAAAAUUAUUAAUACAAUUUUAAUACGUUAAUUGUAAACAUUGUAAACCUUAAUUAAAUCAUCGAAAUUAAAGAAUUAUACUGCACGACAAAACAGGAAAGGGUAAAUUACGAUCAGAAUUUACUCAAUGACUGCCAUCAUGGAUUUGAGCUUUCCAGGUCAGCGGACCACCACAGCUACUUCGUGUAUCCCUCAUGAUAGUGUAUACAUGCCAGGACCACGUGCUGGAAAGUCUGAUACUUGACUCCAAAUAUUCCAAAAUGACUCCAAAAUUUGUGAAGAAGAAGUCACACUGACUCCACUCAUCAAUAAAAUUUGCAAAUUAACCCUUGUGCUGUCCUUGAAUAAAAUAUUGAAUGAAUAAAAUAUUAAAACAAAAUUAUUAAUUAUUGUUAAUUAUUGUUUACUGGUUUCUCCAAACAUGUACAUAUAUAUUGUACUGUUAGUAAUGUUCCGAGGUCAGUGAAGAGAAUAACAUGUAUGCUAAUAUAGAAGGCUAUAGCUAGACUAAAUUUAAUAUGGUGCAAUUUAUUGUGCAUCGUAGUUAAUUAUACAUGGCUGUACUCUUAAACAAAUUUGCUCUGAGUGUGAAAUCCAGGGUGCUUGGCAUACGAUUUUUAUACAAUUUAGCUAAAGUACACUGCAAGGUGCCAUGGGCCAACAGGCUCUACUGGAGCACAGCUCCAUGUUGAUAUGUUUGAAUAUGAAAUUUAUAUGAUCAGCUCUAAUUGUCCAUUUAUAAGUUUACCUUUCAUUUUCAUUUCAGUUCGAGUUAUCGGGAGCUCAAAGAAAAUAGCCAGAAGUAAGAAAAAAAAACCAUUGUUUACUACAGUGAACAUGUUAGUCACAUUUACUUUAACAUUUUGUAGAAAUGUUAACUGAAAAUUGAAAGAGACUUCUCUAAAUCAAAAUGUAAUGUAACAAAAUAUAGCCCAAAUAGAGCAUGCGUUUUACUGUUUUGAGAAGUAAAAGCUAUUCUUUGUGACGAACAACAUCAGCCUUCACUAGUAAAACCCUAUGCCUACAACAUGUCAGUGGGUGGGAAAUUCAAAAUUCAAUGUUGCGGACACUGGUACACUGUUUUUCCCUGACUUUUUAAGUGCUCAAAACAUGGUUUGAGUUAUUCUGGGUAAAAUUGUAUUGAAAUGAACUGAGGAGAAACAAAAUUUACUUUGAGUUAGCUGGAGGUUCGAGUUAUUGAGGAUUCGAGUUACUGAGGGUAAAAUUACAGUAAACGCAUGAAGGAAAUCAAGGGGAAAUCGAUUUUGGUUCGAGUUAGUGUAAGGUUUAAGUUAGCGAGGGUUGGAGUUAUCAGGAGUCGACUGUAAGCAUGUCCUGUCAGUUGGUGUGCCGCAGGGGUCUGUUUUGGGACCUGUAUUUAAUAACCUCAUUUAUAAAUCUCUUCUCAGUGAUGUUAUUUAGAGCUGUAAUUAUAUCAAUGAUUGAUAUCAUCUUUAUGCUGAGCUUUAUGUUGUUUUUAAAACAAUGAUGCAUCUUUGGUCAAAAACCAGAUUGAAAGCUGUGUUGGGGAUAUUUGUUGUUGAAUCACAAAUGAUCUAAAGUUGAACGAACAUAAAAGUGAAGUUCUAGAUAGUCAUGUGUCCUUUGACCAUCAUAGUUUUAUGUGUAAAACAUAGAUGGAUCUUUGCAGAGCGUUAGGCAUUUUAGAAACUUGUUCAAGAUCAGAAAGUAUCUUUAUAACAAAGAUCAGCUGCUACAGUUGAAGAUGCUCUUAUAACUUCUAAAUUGGAUUACUGUAACUCUCUUUUUUAUGGAUUACCCAAUUGUCAGCAGAGGAAGCUUCAACUGCUACAGAACAUGGCAGCUUGUUUUGUAACUGGUGCUGGUAACUUUGAUCAUUAAGGCCUGGUUCAGAUGCCGAACUUUUCAUUAGCUGAACCUAAUUCAAAUUGAGGUCGACCCAAAUCAUUCAGACCGGCUGAAUUGAUUCAGACGCCAAUCUUAAUUGGAACUGAACUAAGUUCAAUAGGCGAAAAAUGCCCAUUUUGCUCAAACUGCUAACAAAAUACGUUCUAACAAUAUCAUUUAUGCAUUAGGUUCGGUACAUGAAAAGUUCGGCGUCUGAAUCAAAGCCGUUCCAAAGUCACCCCAAAGGCGAAAUUCCCGGGCGGGCUAGACAAAAAGAUGUACUUAAUUCAAUGUAUUAGGUUCGGCUCAUGAAAAGUUUGACAUCUGAACCGGACCUAAGUCCACUUCUGGUAAAACUUUAUUGGCUCCCAAUUUUCUACUGUGUUGUGUUCAAGUUACUUUUGCUAGUUUUGAAAGCUCUAAAUGCCAAAAUGGUCUUGACCCUUGGUAUUUUGUAGAAUUGCUUCAGUACCAGAAUCAUUCCAGGGCACUUCGUUGAAAUUCUUUAGGACUUCUUUUGCAACAAAAAGCCAAUACUUAACCAUAUGGUGAUAGGGCAUUUUUCACAUGUGCCGCUAGGCUGUGGAACAGUAUUCACUUUGGCAUUCGUAAAUCAAACAGUGUUUGUACUUAAAAAAAAAAUAAAAAAAGACCUACCUUUUUAGGAAAUUUAUUAAUGAUGGUUUAAUAUAAUAUUAGAGUUUAAAUUUUUUAUAUCUUGUUAUUUCUAUAUUUAUGUAUUUAAUAAUUAUUUUAAAUUUAACAAUUAGUUCACGCAUCAGCAUUUGUAUGUCGAGAUAUUGAGUACCGUAUUUAUUCGAUUAACAGCCCUGGGGGCUCAUUAAAUUUUUGGACCUUGACAGUGGGCGCUUAUUGGAGGUAGGCUCUUAUUCGAGGCUGGGCGCUUAUUAAAUUUUCACCAUUUUCAGCAAGUGAAGUAUGUUUAUUUUGCAACAAAACAAUAAAUGCUAAUAUCAAAACGCGAAGAGGUAACAAAGCAAGGUUUCUGUAAAAUACUCUGAAGAAAACUCCGUCCUCAGGAAAGUCUGUUAUUAGAAUUUAUUCACUCAAGUGUGUGGGGUGGGGGUGAGCGCUUAUUUGAGUUUGAUUGGGAGGAGGAGGGGGUGGGCGCUUAUUCGAGGCGAGGCGCUUAUUAACUUUUUCUGCCUUUAGGAUGGGCACUUAAUCGAGUUAGGUGCUAAUUCGAGGUUAGGAGCGUAUUCAAAUAAAUACGGUAUGCAGGAAGUUUGGAGAGCACGAAAGAGGCAUAAGAAUUUCUUGAGGCGCAGCCGAGAGUAACUCUAGCCUCUUGAAUGCUCUCUAAACUUCCCUGUGAUCCUAUUUUUCCUAUAAUUUCUUUUGGAAAAUGCCUGGGAUGUAUGUCAAUAUCUCAACAUAUGCACUGCUGAAGUAUGAACCAAUUAUUUUUUAUAACAUCACCAAAGUGAAAGCAAAGUAGCAGUUAACUUAAAAUAUUAUUAUAGCACACGCUCAAAGCAGAACAUGUCAAUGUCUACUUACGUGACUAUUUCUUUCCCCUCGCAGUUAAGCUUAUGUUUUUAUCCAGAAACUGAGAGAAAGUGUACUCUAAAAAAUAUUGUAAAAUCUGUUUUGAGGUGCUAGAAAACUAAUUAUCACUGAAAAGUAUUUUUGAGAGAUUAACAACUGUUCAAAGAAUGAUCUGCAACCACCAUAGCCCACACAGCUCACAGAGAAGACAACAACUGCAACAACAACACUACUCACCUCUUUUCCCUGCUAUCGGUUGACAAAUUCAAACGUUUUCUCUUAAAUUACGUUAAGUAUAAAACAAAUGGCAAACGCUUCAUCGUGUACUGCUGAGUUAUGGAUGCACUUGGGAGACGUCUUGGGAGGAUUACUAAGCUCACAACAACUAGAGGAAUAGUUAAAUUGACGUCAUCAGCGUGCUCAAUGGGAAUAUGUAGCACUCUUCCACUAUUAAAUUUGAUUAGGUGAAUUUUGCAGCUAUGUUAUAGUAAUUAUUAUUUUUUAAUAUUGUUGUUACAGAUCAAACUUAAAUUCAGGUUUUAAAAUGUUUUAACCUAGGUUGGUUCUCAAUUUUCUUUGUCUCCUAGACUUAAUUUAUGAACAAUUAAGACUAGGAGACAAAGGAAAUUGAGAUAUUUUAUUUUUUCCAAGAGACUGUUCUAAUAUCCAGUGGCUUGUGGUAGCUCAGGAAUGAGCUAUUGAAUUUGGCUUUCAAUAGCUGUUAUUUCUACCCUUGUGCAGAUGCGGACCCUGUGAGUUCACGUCCAGGUAUGAGGGGAGGACAUCAGAUGUUAAUUGACAUGGAAACUCAAGUCAUUUAUCUGAUUGGGGGCUGGGAUGGAAUGGUAGACCUAUCAGACUUUUGGGCAUUCAGUGUGGAAUCUGGGCUGUGGACUUGUUUGUCACGCAACACUGAGCAGGAUGGUGGGCCAUGUGCAAGGUCCUGCCAUAAGAUGUGUUUGGACAGUAAAAAGAAGUUGAUAUAUACCUUGGGAAGAUAUCUUGACUCUGAAAUGAGAAGUUCAACACCACUUAAGGUAGUAUAAUCAGCAUGUAUCUUGAUUAUACAGUGUAAAUAUACAACUUACUUUAUUACUGAAAACAAGUGUACAUCCCUUCGCAAUAAGACUUGAAGUAACUCAUUGAAUGAUGCUACAAACAGAUACAGAUAGUGAGGGGGAGAUAAUGGGAAUCAGUACAGCUACAGUGAGUAGGGGUUACCCAUGUUUUUCCCAAAUCUGGCAGUUUUUGAAGCAGGUGCCUACAUAAUAUUUUUCUGUAAUUUUUUGCGUUUGGGGCAGGAGGCAAAUGGGGGAGGGGAGGUUGUCUUGAUGUGAGUUCAGAGAUGGGAGUGCUGCUGCUGAUGGUUUGAAACCAUAAGCAUAUUCAGGACAAAAAGAAAACAUAGAAAUCACUUAUUUUGGGAUUCAUUGCAUUGUGACAUCUAGAAAUCUCCUUGAAAUAAAAUUUUCUGAUAUGUAGCAUAUUCUUGUUCCAGUAUGUGAUCAAUUGAACACACCCUCCAUACCCUCUUAGGAAUAAAGAAGUUGCUAAAAAAAAGCCCGAAUUUACGUGUACCUGCUUGUAAAGUUCACAAUACAUAAUAAAUUUUCAUAACAAAAAGAGAAAUGAAUAAGAGCACUUACUCCGGGAGCACUAAGGAUUUACAUAUCAUUCAGGAUUUUUCCAGUGUGAGUCAGAGUUUUUUUAUCUUUUGCCUCUCUUUAGAAUGAUUUUUAUGUUUAUGAUAUAACUUCAAAUCAGUGGACUCUUAUCAGUCAGGAUACCUCUACUGAAGGAGGCCCUCCUCUCAUCUUUGACCAUCAGGUAAUUAUUAGUCAUGAAUUGUGAUUAAAUUUUUUGAGAUUUUUUUGUCAAAGAAAUACUUUUUUGAGCACUUGAGACUAGGUAAACGUUAAGGAUAUCUACAUGAAGCUACAAUCGGUGGAUCAAUUUAGGUUUCUGGGAAACUGCCCACCUACCCCUCCCCUCAGCUAACAUUAGCACUUACGUCUCACUUUGGGCAAAAUGAUGGCUUAUGGGAGGGGUAGGUGAGCAGUUUCCUAGAAACUUAAAUUAAACCCAGUUGGCAACAAAAUUGUUGAGACUUUGUCCACAAAUGAGGUUAAACUUCAGGGAACAAAAUAAUCCACACUCCUCCCCUCUCCCCUCUAUUCAAAGUUGGUUUGUUCUUCAGGUAGCUCGAACAGUGACAGAACAUUGCAUGCAGGGGGGUAGGGGAGGGAAAGCUUUAUUUUCUCUUUUUUGAGUUGGUGAAAUGUUAGAGAGGCCUUUAGGGCUAGUUGUCUCAACUAAUUUUGUCGCUGAUUGUAGCUUCCAGCUUACGGUACUUAGUUUCUGCUCACACUCAAUUGCUGUCAACAGACAGUUUCCUCGUUUUGUUGGAAAAAAUCAAGAAUGGAUGCAAUUCUCUUUAUCGAACAAAUUUACCUUUUGCAGGGGAUGCAGGGGUCAAUUUAAUGAAACUUUUGCACGUGUAAGUUACAAGUAUAGCUAUUGUUCUCAGACUUUAAAACAAUGGCUACACUUGUAAAUUAAACGUGUAAAAGUUUACUUGCCCAGCUAGAAAAUCUACUUGUCCCGGAUUACCUGAGGGGGCUUUUUUCGAGCCCUGCUUACUAGGUUUCUCUGCAAGCUAAAACUGCGUUAAAACCACAUGUUAGAUCACAAAACAUUUUCUCCGUGGCUUCAAAACCUUCACUUUUUCUGUUGUCUCAAAAGUAUGUGAUAUCACACAUAAAUUAAUUCUGGACUUCACUUGAUCAACUUAUGAUAAACUUGUACUUAAAUGGAGCUAAGUGAUGGAAACACCUUAGCAAGUGGCUGAACAUAUUGGAAAGCUAAUAAACUAAAAGCUAAGAUCAGGUCAUACAAGUCAUACUAUCUACACGAGCUUUGUAAAUUUUCUUCUUUCUUAGUUUAUAUUAUUGUGCGAUCUCUUCUUAGGGCCUGUUUACAUGGAGUAGGGGACGCCGGUCUAGUGGGGUUGGUUUCUUUUGUUUUCACGCUCUGGGGGACACAAAACAAAAGAAACCUACACCACUAAACCGGGGUCCCCCACUCCAUGUAAACAGGGUCUUAGUUAAGUUUUGGAUAUAGAUAUAUUUUCAUGUGUGAAGGGCGGCUUUUAGGAAGAACAGAUACUUUACUGUAAAUUUAUUUGGUAAAACUACCUUGUAUAAGUACAGUUUUUACUCACUAACACACUCACAUAACAUCAAGGUCAGAUAAUUCUCAUCGUUACAUUUGAGGAUGAAAAAUGGACCUUGAUCCCCUGAGGAGCCUGUCAUUUUUUUUGCAGAUGUGUAUGGAUGUAGAGAAGAGCACUAUUUAUGUAUUUGGUGGCCGUGUAUUAACGAGGUAAGGCUAUAUACAUUCUUGCCUUUCACGAGAAUAACCUAAUGUGUCACUCAAAGGUUGCUGUAACGGUAAGGUACUUGCUAUAUGGGGCAUGAUAUAUAUAUAUAGCACGUGAUAAUGUAGAAACAAAAUAAUCCCUGAACUAUCCUUUAUAUCCACCCUACCUACAGGUACCAAAGUUAUUCAUGAUUGUCUUGGGAGAGGAAAUCUCUCAAUCAAACUGCUUUUUUUUCCAGUAGAGCUUUUGUCAAUUUAAAAAUUGUUGGAACUGACACGCUUACAUUGUUAUUACAUUGUUGCGGCUUUCAAGUUGUUAUUAAAUCAAUUAAUAUGUUAUGAUAUCUUGAGUUAGUAAACGGAUUAUAACAUCUUCUCAUGCUCGUUCUCAGUACAGUGAAACCUCUACUAAGCGGACCCCAAUUAAGCGGAUACCCUCUAUUAAACGGACACCAAGCCAGGUCCCGAAAUCAACGUCUUAUAUUUCCCUUUAUAACGAACCCCUAUUCAGCGGACACCUCUAUUAAGCGGACGAGGGCGCUAAAGCAAAUUGUAUUUGGCUAAUUUCCUAUUGUUAAUAACCUCUAUCAAGCGGACACCGGACUGAAUUGACAAUAGUAGUAUUGGAUUAUGUCCUUGAAAUACGUACUGUUGUCUAUUAUUAAAGAUAAAUCAAUACAUUUAGCUGUCAAAAAACUGUAAAUUAGACCGAUAUCCGGCCGUAUGAUUGCCAUCCGCGAUCAAAGGUCAUCUUAAAGUCUUGCAAAAAGUACAGCACAGCUUCGUUAGCUUCCUUAAUAACAACGUGGAACUUUAUCACAGUACAAUGUACAUAACCGUUGACUGUUAAUCGUUAACAAAAAUUGCGGCACUCUUUAUUAAGCGGACACUUGGGUAGGUCCCGAAGGUGUCCGCUUAAUAGAGGUUUCACUGCAAUUACAAAUCAGAGCUCUCAAGAAUCAAGAAAUAAAGUGCAACAUAAAAUGAAGUCUGAUUAAGAUAUUUGUCCUUGCAAGAAAAAAUUAUUCGGUACGUCAGAGUAGUAACGUGAGUUAUCUUAUUUUAAAAUGCCGUAGUUGACAUUUCAAGAAAAAAUAAUUCGGUACGUCAGGGUGGUGGCCUAAGUUAUCUUAUUUUAAAAUAGUGCCUUAUUUUAUUAAUCAUAUUUAUGUCUCUUUUUCUUCUAGUGUGAGUGGAGAUGAGAGGGCACAGGAGCCAGUUUUUAGUGGAUUAUACUCCUAUCACUGCCCUACAAACACCUGGACGAGGCUAAAGUAUGCAAAAUCCUUUGAAUGGAAUCUUGAGUCGCUUAAUUUAGCUGAUUCCAACUUCUGAACACCCUUAUUUUCUUAUAAAACUUAUUUUUAUGCUCUGCAAGUUAAUUCAAAUUCUUAGCCUGCAAAAUAAUAUUAAUAUUGAACGCUUGAUUGUAGCAAUUCAAAUUGAUGUAAUUUCUCUGAAGUGUAGUUUACAUUCUUAAUGUCAUAGGUGACGAAUUACUCCUUAAUUUUGGCGCGAAAUUUCAGCGUUUAUACCACUGCAUGAGAAAUUUCUGCAAUUUGAUUGGCUUAGAGCAGUGGUAUUUCAGCUUAACUUGAAAUACCUACAUGUGAAAAUUACAAACCUUUUGUGGGUAGUAGUAUAAACGAAUAAUAGCAUGAUUUGUAUGUGAUAUUUGGCAUAAAUACCACUCGUGAUCUUUCAAAAUUGUCUCAAAUUUCACUCGCCUAACAGCUCGUGAAAUUACGUAUAACAAUUUUGAAAUAUCAGUUGUGGUAUUUAUGCCAAAUAUCACUACAAAUCAUGCUAUUACCUAUACUAAUUUGUAAUUUCACAUGUGAAAUUACAAAUUGCCAUGGCAACCUUCCGUACGUCUCAGUGUCAAGAUGGCGACGAAGUUUUAAAAUGCCGUGAAUGAAGAUUUCAGGGCACAAAAAGACGCUUUAGAAAACCUGAACACACAAGAGAACAUCAAGAAGGUUUCUAACAGGUAUUUUGCCGAAAAAGUCUGAAAAAUUCUGAACUUUAUAAGCCAAAUUUAAGGUCUAAACAUUUGAGAGACGAUUCAGGAUAAACAUGUCAAAAAUCCAAGAUUGCUAACGUAAUUCGUCACCCAUGAUAUUAAUAGGUAAUCAAAUGGUAUACUCGUAAAAUUAGGGAAUAAUUUAAGGCUCGGGAAAUUAUUAGGAUUUGGACAAAACGCGCGUGAAAUUAUUCCCUAAUUUCACUCGUCGCCAUUUGAUUACACAUACUUAAAAUUUGUCUAAUCUGCCUUUUUCAGUAUUUUAACUUGUAAUGUACGUAGUACAUUUUACUGGUAGUUUGCCGGUUAUCUUGACAUUUAUCAAUAAUUUCCAGGGAUGAUUGCGCUGAGCUGCGAUCCAGAAUAGGCCAUUCCAUGUUGUUCCAUUCUGUAAGUACUGAGUAACACUAAGUGUCAUUAUAAGCUUCUCUAUUUCUUCUGAACAUUUUCAAAUGAUGCAUGUUUUCAUUCGAUGUAUCCUUGCAGGAUAAAAGGCUUCUUUAUAUCUUUGCUGGACAAAGAGGAAGAGAGUUUCUAAGGUAAUUUAAGCCCCAAUGCUAUGUUCACACUUGAAGGAAUUAACAAGGCGCCAGGUUAUGACAAGAUGCCCAUCUCAGUAAUACAGGAUUGUCUCGAAUACACCUUGCAGACAAUAACUGACGUAAGCAAAGCCUUCAACAGCCUAUGUUAUCCAAAUUACAGAAUUUGGGUACCUCCAACAAAACUCUUCUAUGGUUCGAAAGUUACCUUACAAACAGACAACAGUUCACUCGUGUUGCAACUUCAUUGUCAGAACCACUCACUAUCACACAUGGCGUACCUCAGGACUCAAUUCUCGGCCCAACGCUUUUCAGAGGAGUUGGGGAGGGGGGCUCAUUAACUUUCUUCCCCUAAAAAGGGGGUGCUUAUUACAGGGAGGAGGCUUAUUUGAGAGGAUGACUUACUGCAAAUGAAACGUGUCACUGCCAAACCAGACUUUUUCAUUUGAGUACUCGCCCUACAUUGUGCGACGAAUAAGCCUGUGAUUCCCUGGGCUGCAACUUUUUUAAAAAAACUGUCCCUGCAAACACCAUAAUAAAAAUUAAAGAAAUUUUGAAUGUCUGUGAAAUAGAUACAAAGAGCUGCAUCUUUAGGCAUGAAGACAGCUUGUUUGAACUGUUGCUUCAUAUGCCAUGCCUUUCGACACCUUCCCCAUCCGAAAACAUUUCAUUCAAUUCCUACCGUUCUAAGCUAUUUAUAGGGUAACCAUAAUUUUAUCAAAGUUGACCUGUUUCCAGGCAUGUGUUUCAAACAAAUAUUCCAUGAAUUUUCUAAUAAGUAUCAUUUGCUCACAAAUCUAGAGUGGCAGUCCCUAACUUCUUUAUUUUACUAUUAUUUGUUGAUUGUGUAGUGACUUUAUCACAUAUCAUGUGGACACACAGGAAAUAUCACUGGUAUUAGAUGGAAACAACCAAGGUAGAGUACAUCUACACCCAAGCAGUAGGAAUUAAUUGUAAAGAUUUGGAAACCUUUCACAAUAAUAUUGUUAAGGCUUGCCUUCAUUAGAGGCAUAAUAACCUUUAUGUCAUCGACUACUAUGCCUACUACUAUUUUUUAUAAUUAUAUAAACUGCUUCUCCUGCUACUGCUACUACCUGCUGCCUGUCCAGACAGCUGUGCUAUGUUUACAUUAAAGGUUGAGGUUAUAGUAAUUAUGAACGUAGUUGAUGAAAUUAAACGGACUGGCUUGCAAUCAGGGCCUGUAGUGCUGUUCCCUAGGUUUCAGCUAUAUGGCUUCUGGUUUAAGGUUACCGGGGCUUUCAAAAAAACUGGCCCCAGGCCGUUUUAAAGGAUAACGAGUUAAUGCGUGUGUUCUCUCCGCCAGUACCGGCUCAAGGCUUUACUCAGAGGGCAACAAUCGAUCCAGAACUAAAUGAAAUCCAUGUAUUAUCUGUAAGUACUGUCUUUCCCGAUUCUGUGGUAUAUUCUAAUCUUACAAACGUUCAAAUAACUGGGAUUCUUCAGAAGAAGACAGGUUUGUCUCAUCAUUUCCAUAAUUCUCGCGACACGUUUGAUUUAGUUAUGAUCUUUAAUAUCUGGAGAAAUUCGAUACCCAUCCCUUUUUGAAUCCGGUUCCAGGGUUUUCCACGGGGCUGAAAAACUUGUCACUUCACCGUCUAAUUUAAGGUCCAUUACCAGCCGGCAGAGGGCGUCUAAUCUGAGGUCUGUUUAGAAGUUUAAGGAGAGUUACUGUGACAGGACAGCUGUUGCCUGUAUGUAGAGUUAUUAAUUUUCUUUUCUUCUCUUUAAAAGGCAAACGUUUCUUGUUUUCCUUUGUAGGGUCUGAGCAAGGAUAAAGAGAAACGUGAAGAGACAGUUAGGAAUUCUUUUUGGGUUUUCAAUCUGGAGCGUAAAAUUUGGUAGGUGUUAUUAACUCGUGAAUGCAAGUUGUUAUAAUAGCCCUGAAACGUGCAGUGGCACUGAGAUCAUCACGAAUUCAAACGGACGGAAAUAAGUCAAAACUAGCUUUCCACAACUGACACUGAUGUUGAACUUAGGUCAGCUGACUCCUCAAUGUCCCACCAGCAGUCCACAGAAUCAUCUCUUCAGCUGGUGUUAAUUCCAGUCUCAAAUGGAUAGUGAUGUGCAGGAUUGCUAAACCAGGCAGGCUUUCAAACAGUGGGCUCCCAGAAUAUGACCGGGGUCUUGAUAUGAUUUUGGCGUAUUUCAAUAAGAAGGAAAAGGAGUUAGAGGGGUCUGUUUAUUUUCUACAAUCCCACGGUUCAGUGUUGGCGAGCUUGUCGAUACUGAUCACACAUUCUUCUGCUGUGCAGGUCUUGCGUUUACAAGAAUGAAAACAUGGGCCAGCAGUAUUGGACGAAGAUGCAAAAUGUUGAGCCGUGUCCACGGUUUGCUCAUCAGCUGGUUUAUGAUCACCUUCAUAAGGUUCAUUAUCUGUUUGGAGGCAAUCCUGGUAAAUCCAGCCUACCCAAGAUGAGGCUAGAUGACUUCUGGUCUUUAAAGGUAUAUAUGUACGUAAUGCUCUCUAUCUUUCCGGCUUUACGAUUUAUGCUUGUCACAUAACCUUUUUUAAAGGUGCAGUAAGUGUAUCACAAAAAUUCUACCAUGUUGAUAUGUAGACUUCCCUAGAAUUAUGCAUGGAGGUUCUCUUCCUAAUCCACAAAUGGCGUCUGAACAACGAAAAAAAGAUCGUUUUGCCGACUUCAGUACUCAACCGGACACACAAGAAUGAUGAUACCUGCCUGGAUGCGUUGGCCAUUACAGCCGAACCUCUAUUAAGAUGCCAUUCUCUGUUUAGCGGCCAGUUACCAUAGUCGUGGCUGAUUAAAGUGUCCGGUGGAAAAUCACUGUCGACAGAACCUCUUAAGCGGCCAACCUUUUUUACGGACCCUUUUUCUUUCCCGAGGGUGGCCGCACCAUACUUGUAGAGAUCCGGCAAGUCAAGUGAUGUUUGCAGUAGAAAAUGGACUUGAAACGCUAUUUUUUGGGUCAAUGUUGAGUUCAGGAAGAUCUAUAUCCAUUAUAUUUUCGUGUUGCAGUUAUCAAGACCUUCAAGGGAGCACUUGUUACGAAGAUGUCGAUAUUUAAUACGCAAGCAAAGGUACGUUGUCUUCCAUUAGUGUUUUCAGCGCAAUGUUUAUUAUAUGGAACGCUAUCACAUUUGUAACAUAUAAUGGUCGUCUGUUGUAGAUUUCGUGAAAUGGCAUCUCGUGAUCCGUUUGAAGCUCUCCGUUACUUGCAGGUAAAACAUCAUUUGCUUUAUUCUUCAUCACUACUCGUAUUUUGUGAAUGUUUAGUAGAUCGCUUUACCCAUUCUCUUCUUCACGAGGAAUCAAAUAGCCAGAGAGGCCCCCUCCCCCCUUCCUCCCUGCCUCCCUCCCUCCCCGGGCAGCCGACAUUUCACGACGAUACCACUGUCUUGCCCGCGAAAUGACGUGUGACGAACGAGCGCAGUAAUUCCAUAAGAUGACGCGUCACUACCCGGAUCAAGAUCUGGGAUCUGGGUAGUCGUUCACGUUCCGAUUGGAUGAAGCAAAUUUUCAACCAAGUAAAAACACUUGUCAGAUCUGGUUAGUGGCACGCCAUCAUGCAGUAUGAAAUUUCUGCGCUCGUUUCUCAGACGUUAUUUCACGGGGAAAGCAGUGGUGGCGUCUCAGGCAAAGAAUUAAACAGUACCAUGCUGCAAUAGUUGAGUGAUGAUUGAGUGUUGCUCUUUCUUAAAAGGUUACAAUAAAAUGUUUUUUUCUGUAGAAUGAACUUUCAGAGACAGUUGCUCACGAUGACAUAGAGGAAAGCCAAGAGGUAUUAAGCUCCCUCUUUCUAUUUUGGGUAAAAUUUUAUUUUUUUUAAAUUGUCAAUUCAUUGACUUGGCUCCCAGUUUGGAAAUGUUCCUCUCUGAGGUCACGCGGUAAAGAUGAUACCCAGGGAACACCUAUCUUGCUCAAAGUUCAACAUUAUUUGUGAGAGCGGGAGCGUUUAAUUACCCAGUUUAACAAACAUCUCUUUGUGUGUCUUAACACUUCUAACCUCCACUGUAGCUAGAGAAGUGAAGUUGGCUUCAUUUACCGAUAGUUCCCAGGAUACCGGAAAAUAAAUAAGUAAAUAAAUUAUUUACUUAAAUUUUUCUGCUUAUUAUACAAACCGUAAAACCAAAAUAGUCAACAAGGUGCCGAAACCACUGAUUAUUGGCCCAAAGAAAUUUAUCUGCCUUGUACUUAGUGUCGUUACGAUGACGUUCUGCUGUAGAUUGCGAUUUUCAUGCGACGGUGUUUCUGUCAUUUUGAAGAGGUGUAUUAAUAAGGUCAUGCUUGUUACUUUCCAGUUCCGCCUUCUUGCAUCCAGCCUGUUUUCACAUCCAGCCUCUAUAGAUAUAACGGAUUCAGGUACAUGAUUCAUUGUAGUGUUCAGCUAGAACUGGUAAACGUUACAUGAUCCAUUAUCGGAAGUAGCGAAAUAAGUUUUGUCCAAACUGUUUAAUUUUCAAGUAUAAUCGAAUACAUCUUCUCCACGUUACCGUCUUGCGUAAACAGGGUGUGACUCUGAGGGUUAGAGAGGAUCCUGAAAGGAGCUGAGGUUCACCUCAGCAAAUUUUCAAAUGCUGUUUUGUUUAUAGCACUGAAAAAGCAUUGUUCAAGAUAUGAAACUUACUGUUAUGGGUGUUGUCAGAAAAGCAUAUGUAAGGUAUAUUCAACGGACUAUAAAGUUUGCGGUUAUACGAGUCAGGAAACUAGACCAGCAGAUAUUUCAGUGUUUUCAUUUGUACGUCCAGUGAACUUUUCACGAAGUAAAUUUUAUGGUAAUCGACUAUGCGGAUGCAUUAUCGAUUAUCGAAUUGUUCAAAGUUUUCCUUCAUUUUUGACUAAAAUCGAUGAUGGAUUCACUACAAGGUACAUGCCCUAUAGAAAAAUUCUCUCGCUUUCGUAGUGAGAUUGGCCUAACAUGUGACCAUCCCCUAAUUUAUAGUAAAUUAACUUCAGGAAAUGCAAGAUAAUGGAAUGUGGUGUUUGUGAUUGCUCGAAUUUGUUCCCCUUCUUUCUCCCAUUUUCUUUCAGAGCCUCUUUCGCCUCCCAGUGAUGGUUUUACAGGACGAACUCAGGUAAGGACUAAACAUUUACCCUGUUUUUGAUUCUCUCUUGGUCACUAGUGAGAAAAAAGGCGAAGAGCAGAUGGGAAACCGUGACAGACCUACCCUGCAGCAGUGUUUUAGCAUACAUACGAAGUCGUUUACGCUGCUUACCUGUCUCAUACUAGUCUGCCCUAUCGCAUCUCUUCUAGCAGUGCAUGUAGGGAAGACUGCGAGCCUUUUCGCGGGCUACAGAUCAAUACAGAAAAUGCUCCAAAGGGUGUACAGCAGUACAAUCCGCGCUUGAAUCCACUGAGAAAAAUCGUAGUGUCAAAUAAAAUUAACCCUUGAACACCAAAAGAAGACGUCUCUCAUGGUUCUGCUGCUUUUUGUUAGAACUAUACUUUAAUUUGUCGUUGGUAGCUUCGGCAAAUAAUUUUACAAAAAUAAAAGAAUUACCCUUUCUCUCAUUGGAGUCCUUUGUGGAACAAACUUUGAAGUGAACGGGUUUUAUGGAAAUAUAUACACCCGUGCCGUCUUGGGCAUCCCAUUAUAGAAAUUCGUUUACUUCAAUAAGGCCGCAGUAUAGACGAUUUCCGUGUUCGUAAACGCUCACUUUUAAAACGAGGGGCUAAGUGUAAAACCUUCCUUGUGAAAAUGAGCUCUAUAUGCAUGAGAAUAUUACAUGAGAAUUUUCAUAUCAAUGGUUUCGCACUUAGCGUCGCUUUGAAGCUGAGGCUUAGGGCAAUUCGGAAAUGGCCUGGUCAAAAGGUCUAUCAUCAGUCUUAUUUCAGUUCAUACGUGGAGCCGUUCAUAUUUCAUCCCUGAACCUGAAGCUGAUUUCUUUAUUUGUUUGUUUGUAUUUUUUUUCCUUCCAAGCCUCGGAGCCAAGUGUGAAUUAAUCAUAUCGAGACUGGUUUCUAGCCGAAAAAAUCCGCGAAUCUGAAAAACGUACAUCCUAAUGGAUUGUUUUGAUCAAUCAUAUUCCUGGCACUGCAACUUUUAAAAAGGCAAAAAAAAGUAACAACAAAAAAGCAGUGUUUAUAGGUUUCUAUCGACACAACUUAAAAUUAACUGCAAAAAUUCAUUACCGACCCUAAAAAGUUCUCUUCUUUUCCCUGUUGCAGCUGUUCGAUACACUGGUGUCUUUCUUCCCAGAGCACAUGACACAGCCAAAAGGCAAUCUUGUUGAUCUUAUCACCUUCUAACAGCCUGAACUGGGAAAAAGAAAGGAAACUCAAGAGCUGUGAUAAGAGAACAGGAGUUUAAAUGAAGCAAUCCGUGGUAGAGUUGACGACAUUUAGAAGGAGACAAAUCGCAAUAGCACCUCCAUCUUCAGAAAUAAGGUCGAUUGACGUGUGAGUGGGUGGCCAGGACUCGAUUUGCGACUUAAUUUUCACCCUCGGUAUAAACAAUCCCGUUUUACUAUAUGUCUGCAAAACUGGACACUUCCUUAUUACAACGGUUUGCAUUGAGCGUCAUAGCGACAAAUUUAAAGUUGUCUACGCCCAUCACACCAGACACGGAUAUUCAAAUGAACCAAUCGGCUCUCGCAGCGAAUACCGGAUGCUGAAAUAAAGGGAGAGAAAACAAGCGACAGCGAGCGUCGCCAUUGGCUAAGAAAGAGGCAGGGUUAUUUUUUGCCAAUCACAAGGCAAAGCAGUGGCAUUUCCUUUGUGCAGUCAGUUGAAGUCUGGUUCUAAAUGACUCUGACUCAACGCAACUUUGGAUACCUACAUUUAAUAAUCAGAACCAAAAACCAAACCAAAAAUAUCUUAGCCUGAUUUACUGAGUUAUUUUUGCCGACAGUCCGUACCAAGUGAACAAGAAAGGUCUUGGUUUCAAGGCUGAUCGCCUUUGAGUGCUUGGAAUGCGAUUGACGUUUAGUAAAAUGUUGCUUUGGCAAAAUUUAUAUUACCUUGAUAACGGUCAAUACAAACUUUUGAAAUCAGUAAAAAUGGUAUUUUGCGCGUCAAAGACCGCACUAAAAACCGGACGUGGACGUGCAGUACCCUUUUUUUGUGUGCAGAACAUAAACAAACGACGAAUUUAUCUUUCUCUUUUUGACAUUUUUCUUGUCAAUUCAACUCCAAGAGAGUUGUGAGCAAGUUGCGAUAAGAACAUAAACAAACGACGAAUUUAUCGCCCUUUGGCAUCUUUUUGACACCCCUUUUUUGUUGUCAAAAUUCAAAACUCCAGCCAAGAGUUCGCCUAGGAGAUAUUUAACAGGGAAGAAGAUUCAGUACCAAAGUCUCUAUCAAUUUUGGGGGUGGGAAGUUGUCUGGGUGAUUCAUCUAGAAAAAGAACUCGUUCAAAGAGCUUCGUAACAUCCCAAACCAUUAGAUUUCUCUGGUAAUAGUAAGUAGCAGCUUUAUUAAUGGGUCAAUGUAUUAAGUUUUCACAACUAAUUGGGGACACAAACAAUUGAUUUCAGUUAAUUUAAAGAGAGCCGUGUUUCAUGAAGAGCAUUUUCUUUCAUUGUUUCUGAAAAUGUAUAACUUGAGAUGUGGUGUGAAAUCGUGAUUGCUGAAAAUUCGAAUAAAAUUCAAGAUCAUUUUAAAAUAAGUCCACGAAUUCGAAUGAUCCGAACUCUCCGAUGACUUGCGGUGACUCAACAUUCCAAAGUCCACCUUAUAAGGUUACGGCCAUCCGAAUGGAUCGGAUGUCUUGCUUGUACCGUCAUAAUCGGCUGGGUUUCCGAUUUGCAAAUGCACAACCGAACUUGUGGAAUGAAAAAUAUUUUAACAGUACAGUGAUGUUAAGAUAAUAUGGUUGUACCUAAACAACUUCCUAUGUAAGAUAGUAACUGACUCUGUGUGACAUUAAAGACCGUCAAAAGGC